AUGGUACGGCGAGAUAGACUCCGAAGGGUGCCGGGGGCCACGCUGGCGAGCUCCGGCGUAGAGGGGGCGGCGUCUACAACAACAGCAUCACGAAGAGCGACCGCUGCCGACCGAAGCACGCUCUGCGCUGGCAGGCCAGCUCGCCCGCUCCCGGCGGGGCUGAUCCUGGCGAUGGCAGCGACGGCGGGGGGAGGCAACGUAGUCUGUGCUUUCGCCCCAAUCGCGUCAAUAGACUGGCCAGGGGGCUUAGCGGGAGGGGGGGGUCGGCCCGAUGGGAGUUGCAACACCAAUCUGGCGGACUCGCGUGGUUGGUGGCCUCAGUUAACGGCGGUAGUAGAUCGCGGGGGGCGAGGCGUGGCGGCGAGAGUAGGGGAGGGGCGGCGGAGUUACGGUGCGCGGAGGCGGGAGAGAAGCGGGAGGCGGCGAGGGCAGACUUGGCUAGCAAACGCGCAGCCGGGAGGGGAAGUGGGGAACCCAAACGGAGACGCGGGACCCUCACAAUCGGCCAAUGGACCAGCCACAACAGAACAGGCGGGCAGAGAGCCGCAGGCUCGAGGUCCGCCAGUAAGACAAGGGCGAGGAGUCUCGAACGGCAACUCUACGCCACCGAGAGCGUCUCAGUCUAGAGCCUUUUCUAGGGGGCGGAACCCCAGGGGGUGGGGGGCAGAGGCCCGGCCCCGAACAACUGUUUUUAACGGCGUUCGGCGGGGGGGAGGGAAGAGGGGGACCGGCGGACAGGGCAGGGGGCGGGGGGGGCAGGGUAGAGAUAGCGGCGGGGCGGCGGAGAUGGAGGGCCAAGGGAAAACGCUCAAGGAACUCGUCAUGUUCGACCAGAUCCUUUCACAGAAGUCGCCGCCUGCGGGGUCCGCGGCAGCGAGCAACAAGACGGAGCUUAGCGCCAAGGUGGAGGCGGAGCUCUUCGAGGAGUACGACGCUAUGGUGCCCGGUCCGGCCGCGUCUGCUGUGGGCAACAACGCGGGGGGGGACGGGGCCGGGCAGGAGCGGACGGGGCGACCGCUCAAGAUCAACCUCGACCUGCUGAGCUACCAGGCCAAGCAGAAGAACAUGAAGGGGAACUACCGGGAGGCGCGGCGGCUGUACCGCACGUGCGUCGAGCUGGACCCCCGGGACGGCCGGGGCUGGCUUGGACUAGCGAGACAGAUGCAGAAGAUUCACAAGUACGACAAAGCCCAGCGUUUGUUCGAAGCCGGGCUGGAGAACUGUGCCGACAACCCUUACCUCCUGCAAGCCUUCGCGGUGAUGGAAGAACAGAGGGGGAACCAGGCCAAGGCCCUGACGCUGCUCAACCGGUCGGUUCGCAUGCACCCGGAGCAUACGGCGUCGUGGGUGGCGUUGGGUCUACUGAACGAGCGUAACAAGCGAAUCGACGAGGCCAGGGGGUGCUUCCAGACGGCCACUAGGAACGAUCCUAGGAACCACUACGCUUGGCUGGUGUGGGCGAUGCUCGAGAAGAGGAUCGGCUCCAUCGACGUCGCGAGGGAAAAGUUUAAGAUGUGCCUCAAGGUCAAUCCGAGGAACGCCAAGGUUUACCAGGCGUGGGGGGUGCUGGAAGCUUCCGAGGGAAGCAUCGCGCUCGCCACAGAGCUGUUCCGUGCAGGGCUAGAGCAGAGGCCAGACAACACCUACAUCAUGCAGGCGUGGGCCUUGAUGGAGGCGAAGCAGGGCAACACGGAUGCGGCCAUCAGCCUCUUCAAGGAGGCCAUCCUCAAGAGGCCCAGAGACGGAGCGGUGUGGCAAGCCUACGCCCUUCUGCUUAAGGACAUGGGGGACGUUGCGGGAGCGAGGGCGCUCUUCAGCAAGGGGACAACGCAGUCUCCCAAGCACUGCCCGACGUGGCAGGCGUGGGGUAUGCUCGAGUGGGAGCUUGGACAGAUUUCUAGAGCCAGGAAACUGUUCCAGGAGGGUGUGUGGGGAAACCCCAAGGGGCCCUACGUGGUUCGCAUCUUGCAGGCUUGGGGCAUCCUUGAGGCCACGCAGGGGAACUGGGACGAUGCUCGCAAAUAUUUCGGGUUUGCGCUGGCGAGGGACCCGUAUUCCCUCCCGGUGAUGGUGGCGUGGGCCCUCAUGGAGGAGUACGUGGGAGACAUCGGCAGAGCGCGACAGCUCUUCGAGAUCGCUACCACCACCCAGGCGGACAACGCAGACAUUUGGAACGUGUACGAACAGGUGGAGAUGAGGGCAGGGUUUCCAGAAGAGGCGGUGGCCGUGUACCAGAGGGGGGUCGUUGCCGUCAUGGCCGGCAAGAAAGAACCACCGCCGAAGGAACGAGGGCCCUCUCUUCUGGACCCGGCGACAGCCAGAGGGCCGUCCUUGCUGGAUGAGGCUUCGCGGUCUUUGAGCAUGUCGAGCACGGAAAUGGCUCUCGAGGUCAGCCGCAUCAUCGGAGGGGUGCAGUGGGCGAGCGACUACAUGACCUUCAGCGCGCUCAACAGCAGCUCCAAGACCGGCGGGGAGAGGAUGGCCUAUGAGCCGUGAGCCGAGGGGAGACGGCGUGGGAGACGCCGAACGCCGGAUUGCUGUUGGUCCUUUGGAAAGGAAUAAGUAAAGCAAGGUUAGUGCCUCUCGCCUUCGGUCGGCGAUGAUCGCACCUUGUGCUUAGGGUGUGUGCCGAGCUCCUUCUCUUACGCUGCCCCUGGAGUUUGAUGCAGUUGACGAUCUCCGUUGGCGAUCUACGUUGACGAUCUCCGUUGACGAUCUCCGUUGGCGACCUCCGUUGACGAUCUCCGUUGGCGAUCUCCGUGUUCGCGUCUCCGAAGAUUCAAUAGUUGAUGAGUCAAGUCGUUGAAUCGGAUUUGCACCGCACUGCUGUGCAUGUGGCGCUUUGUUUUAUUCCGAAUUCCCGGCUGAGCAUGCUGGGUGUGUUUGCUGGGAUUUCGUGUGCCGUAUUUUUUGUGUGUUUUGGUGUGACACGUGUGUGUCUUUUUGACCCAUCUAUCCAGCAGGCGUACAAGAUUUGUUUUCGGAAGGUCGCGGAAGGAAAUCGGAACAAUUGCACGAUGCUAGACACGGGAGUAGUCGUCUAGUUUGUGCGGGGGGAUUUCUGUGUUUUGGUCUCUGCAAUGAUGUACCGUGUGCAAGGCCCCAAAAAACGUGCACGUGCUGUGGGGACCGACUGGGUGUCACCUUGGGGAGGGAAAAGCGAAAUAGAUGGGGAUGGAGGUGUGGGUGGGGCUUGAUGCUCUUGGGGAGACGACAGCAGAGAGGCGUUGGCAAAGCCUUGUUUUGUUGGUCGUCGAAUGCUUUGCUCCGGAAUGGAAAGAACAAAAAACACGCUUCUAGAUGCGGUAUUUGUUCCCACGGGACUGUUGCUGCUGCUGCUGCUGCCGCUGUGCUAAGCGGUGAUGCUUCGAGUCGUAGAGUUAAACAAGUUGUCCUGAGGGUGGCAGUAUGAAUUAUGAUAUGGCAUUUUGGUUCUCGGAUCAACAGUAGUGUGGUUUUGGGGUGGUGAGAGCUCUUGUAUUCAAUUGUAGAGGCUUUUUUCUUUUUUCAUAUGAAGACCAUGGGUCUGGAGGAUUUUUGGAAUAGUUUUACGGGAGAGAGAACACGCAGUAAGAUGCAACCGAGGUGCUCUCGUUGCGCCCUGUUUCAAGCACCUCGAGAAGCGACGCCGUUGCCAAUGGAACUGCUGGUGCGUAGUGGGUUCUGAUGUGGCCAAGUGGUGUUUACGUUUGAAUUAAGAGAAAGAACGUGAGGAUACAGCUUCUUUUGCUGUG